AUGGACCAUAUCCAGGAGGAGCAUGCCGAUAAAGACGAAUCUUCGUGCUGCUCACUUAUGGAGGAACCUGCGGAUGAAAUGGAAGCGCUUGAUCCGAAGGGAGACGUCGUGCUCGUUGUUGGGCGGCGUCAUCUCUUGGUAUCUUCGAGAGUGCUCGAGUUAUCCUGUCCUUUCUUCAGGAAAAUGCUCCAAUCGAACGCCUUCAUGGAAGGCGCCAACCAGCCAAAUGCCGAAAGGCCACCCAUCAAGCAACUACAGGAAGAUCAUCCGGAUAUAUUCUAUUUGAUCUGUGUUGUUCUCCACUACCGUCCAGCCCAUCCGCCAGACUCUAUAGACGACUAUCGCACAUUGGCCGACUUGUGCAAUUUUUACGGCUGCAGCAGGGCUCUGUCUUUUCACGUCAGAGCUUGGACAGAUGCGUUGGAAUUGUCCAGUCUCACUGUCGACGCGCUCCAAUCGCUACUGUGGGUGGCGUUCGUCUUUCACUUGCGUAACCUCUUUCAACGAGUCAGCCUCUAUUUAGCAGAAACCCUAACAACUGGCACAUGGAAGCUUUGGGAUGUGCAUCCUAUGCCUGCCCGACUAAAAGAUGAUGUCAAAGAGCUUUGUGAGAAUGUUAAGAACACGGUUCAACAGCGGAUAGAACGUAUGAUUGACGAUGCUGGUGCAAAUACUGAAAGACACGUCGGUAAGCGAGACAAGAUUUGCUCUCAGUGCUUUAGCAAUAAGCCUUUGGAAACCAAAAAAUGUGGUUACUGCGGUUCCAACGACUUUCGUGACUACCUUUGCACGAAAGAAGCACGCCUAUCACUCUUCAAAGAGUGGCUCCAGUCACAAGGUUACUGGCCCUUGAGCCGCCUCAAUGGUCGAAGCUGCCGGAGUUUCUUGGGAAGCAUGCCUUCCCCGGCGGGCACUCGAACCCCGUGCGGAUUCGAUGACUCCUGCCCAUUGGCGGGAGCGAAGGAGCGAUUGAUCGCAAGUCUCAGGAUAUCGCACAGUGACUGUAUGGGUCUAGAGCUGGAAGACUAUGAUCCUGGGGACUUGCCAGAAAUGUCUUGA